CUCAGCUCAGAUUUCAUUGCACUGUGCAGUCAGAUAGGAAACAACCAAGUAUCUUUUAACAAUGUUCCUAUCCCUCAGUGGAAUUGACUUUGUGGUGGAAUUAUGAUGAAGCAUUUGGGAGUUUUCAGAGCUAUAGGAAACUGAAAGUUUCAUAAAGUGAAAAACUCAAGACCUGAGACAAAAAAAAGACACAGCACCUGCCUCUUGGGAUCUUUUUAAGUGCACAAUCUACAUUGCACUGACAUUUCGGCAGGAUUCUUCUUGGAAUUGAAGAUAGAACAGACCCAGGAUAGGAAUAUCCAUUUCAACUGGAUUGAAAAUGUAUUCUGGAUUUUUCACGGCAGCAGUUUUUUUAAUUCAAUGGAGAUUCAUUUUGACCCAAGAUUCAGUUCCUCAAGUCAAUCUGAUUGUGCCAGAACUAACUAUUUCUGACCAGCAACUGAUCAUUGAAGUAAAUGGAACACUCUCAGUCACUUGCAGGGGUCAAGCAUCUUUGAACUGGUCUGGACCCAACCUAUCUAAUUCUGCAAAAAACAGAUUUAACAUAAUCAACUACAGGUGUGAUGACAAGCAGAAGUAUUUUUGCAGUACCAUAACUUUAAGGGAGGCUCAACACAGUGACACUGGGAACUACAUUUGUAAAUAUGCCAUUUCUGCAGACAAUGGAAAUCUUAAAUCCCAGAUCUAUGUAUUUGUCAAAGAUCAUCAGAGUCCAUUUGUGGAACCUCAUACAGAACAUCCUGAAGUGAUAAAGUUCAAUGGAAGCAGUGAGAUUGUGAUUCCAUGCCGUGUUACAGAACCAAACCUGCAGGUCACCCUGCUGAUGGACCAUUCAAUCUUUGAAAUUGAUGGGAUAAAUAACAAAUGGGAUCCUAAGCAAGGUUUUAUUCUUCGAAACCUGGAAUAUAUUCCUGGCAUGUUGCGAUGCAAAACCAUAGUCAAUAAACAACAUUUUGAAUCUUGUUUUAUGAUAUCCAAGGAAGUUGAAGGGAUAAACUCUGUGCACCUUAAUACCAGUGAAAAACUCAAGGUGUUGUCUGGAGAUACACUGUCCAUCAAAUGCACAGCAAAAAUGCCUUUGAAUGCCAGACCUAAAUUUCAGUGGGAGUAUCCCGGCAAAGCAUCUAAUCGGAAAACCAUUAUUUACAAAGCACGUGAAAUCACAACUGUGUUUUACAGUAUUCUAACUCUGAAAGACAUUCAACGAACUGAUGAAGGAACUUACAAAUGCCAAGUAUUGAAUAAAAAUAUGUUGCAAAACUGGACUACCGUUACUGUCUAUGAUAAGCCUUUCAUUAGAGCAAGGGUAAAAACAAGCAACAUUUUGAAAGUAAUGGAUGGAGAAAAGUCUGUGAAACUAUCUGCAAAAGUGAAUGCUUUCCCAGCGCCGGAGGUGUCCUGGUACAAAAACGGAAAACUCAUUGCACAGAAUCAGACUUGCUAUAUCCGAAACCGCUAUUCAUUAAAAAUAAUGCGUGUAACAAAAGAUGAGGAAGGGAAUUACACUAUUUCAAUGAACAACAAGCUACAUAAUCUACAGAAGAACCUCACCUUCACAUUAAGAGUGCUUAGAAAUGAGAAACCACAGAUCUAUGACAAAGGAGCAGGACUCCAAGACAAAAUGUUUUAUCAGCUUGGGAAGAAACACAAGUUGACCUGUACUGCCUUUGGAAUUCCAUCUCCAAGUUUUCACUGGGAAUGGCAGCCCUGCAUCAUCAGCAAGUCCGAUAAAAAGUGUGAAACAAACGAUGAUCUGAAAAUUAACAUUUCAGAAUAUAUGACAAGUUUACAGUCAAACCACGGCAACAGGAUUGAAAAAAUUAAUAACAAAACAGAACAACAUGAGGAUAGAAACAGUACUGUAAGCACUCUAACUGUGGCUGAAGCCAAGGUGUCAGGGAUUUACUACUGCAUUGCUACAAAUGAUUAUGGUGAAGACCACAAAAGAAUUAACUUUUACAUCACAGAUCAGCCAGAUGACUUGCACCUCAAAGCAAAUGCCAAUGAAUCUCGAACUGAGGGAGAUGACCUAAAUCUCACCUGUCUUGUUCGAAAUUUCUUAAUGCAUGAACCUGCAUGGUAUUACCAGUCCUCACCGAAUUUAUCAGAAGUUAAACUGAACCAAUACACUCAGAAAGUGCAUGGAAACUACUCCAAAACAUUAUUUCUCAGUAUGAAAAAUGUGACUGAAAACAACACCGGAAUUUACAAAUGCAAAACAAUGAACAACGCUUCCAAAGAGCAGUACGAGAAAUACACUAUGGUCUUCAUAAAGCCUAAGACCAUCCCGAUUCUUCAAAAAAACCUGACAGGGCAGGAGGUCAACAGCAGUGGCACUGUGAUCCUGACUUGCGAUGUCAGUGGACGACCACCUCCCAGCAUCACCUGGUACAAAAAUGAACAACAGGUUCUUCCAGCUUCAGGUAUUUUUUUGGAAUCAGGAAACAAAACUUUAAUCAUUGAAAGAGUCAGAUAUGAUGAUGAAGGAGAAUACAAAUGCAAGGCCACCAAUGAGCAGGGAAGUGUUGAAACCUCAGCAUAUGUAUCAGUCCUAGGGUCUGAGGAGAAAUCCAACCUGGAACUGAUCAUUUUGGUCUGUACUGGGGUAGCAGCCACACUCUUCUGGCUUUUGCUCACACUUUUUAUACGUAAACUCAAAAAGCCAAGUUCUGGGGAUGUUAAAUCUGGAUAUCUGUCCAUCAUAAUGGAUCCGGAUGAAGUACCACUGGAUGAGCAGUGUGAGCAUCUAGCAUAUGAUAGCAGUAAAUGGGAGUUUCCUAGGGACAGACUCAGGCUUGGCAAAACACUGGGACUUGGUGCAUUUGGCAAAGUGGUAGAGGCAUCUGCUUUUGGGAUUGACAAGUCUUCAACCUGUAAAACAGUGGCUGUAAAAAUGCUGAAAGAAGGCGCUAGCACAAAUGAAUGCAAAGCUCUCAUGUCAGAGCUGAAAAUUCUUAUUCACAUUGGCCAUCAUCUGAACGUGGUGAACAUGCUGGGAGCCUGUACCAAGCCUGGAGGCCCUCUGAUGGUAAUUGUAGAAUAUUGCAAGUAUGGCAACUUGUCCAAUUACCUCAGGAGCAAGAGGAAUGACUUCAUUUUAGUCAAGUGCCAGAAAAAUAUUGACCAGCCUGAAACACAUAUUGAUGAGACCAGUCCCGAAGUAAUGGAAGGCAUAAAACGAAGACUGGAAAGCGUGGCAAGUACAGGAAGCUCAACAAGUUCAGGCUUUGUGGAAGAUAAGAGUUACAGUGACACAGAAGAGGAAGAGGAAGAUACAGAAGAUCUGUAUAAACGACCACUAGGUAUGGAAGACCUGAUUUGUUACAGCUUCCAAGUAGCCAAAGGCAUGGAAUUUUUGGCUUCAAGGAAAUGCAUCCAUCGAGACUUGGCAGCACGGAAUAUCCUCUUGUCUGAGAGCAACGUUGUGAAAAUUUGUGAUUUUGGGCUGGCUCGUGACAUUUACAAAGACCCAGAUUAUGUACGGAAAGGAGAUGCUCGACUCCCACUCAAGUGGAUGGCACCAGAAUCCAUAUUUGAUAAAAUCUACUCAACUCAGAGUGAUGUCUGGUCUUUUGGAGUGUUGCUGUGGGAAAUAUUUUCCUUAGGUGCUUCUCCAUACCCAGGAGUACAAAUAGAUGAAGAAUUUUGCCACAAGUUAAAAGAAGGAACAAGGAUGAAGCCCCCUGAAUAUUCCACAUCAGAAGUUUAUCAAACAAUGUUAGACUGUUGGCAUGGGGAGCCUGGAGAAAGGCCGACCUUCAAUGAGUUGGUGGAACAGUUGGGAGACCUUUUACAAGCCAAUGUUCAGCAGGAUGGAAAGGAUUAUAUUCCUUUGAAUACUAUGCUGCCAGCAGAUGGUGAUUCCAACUUUUCUGCAGACCCCAACCUCACAGAAGACAUAACAAAUCCAAAAGUUAAUUACAAUUGCACAGGAGUCAUCGGAUGCAACAGCAAUAAUGCAAAGAAGAGGCCAGUGAGUGUAAAAACUUUUGAUGAGGUUCCUGUAGAAAAUAAGACCACUGUGAUACAUGAGGAAAGCGAAACUGACAGUGGGAUGGUGCUGCCCUCUGACGAACUGAAGUCCCUGAAGCGUCUAGAAACUAGAUCCCGCCCUUUUGGACUAAUUACAUUAGCAAUGAGGGCCAUGAGUAAGAGCAAAGAAUCUGUAUUGUCGGAGGCUGAAAACCAUGCUAAUCCACUGCAGCCUGCUGUAUGUGGAACGGAAGAUGAAGGCCUGGAUUUUGCUCUGGAAGAUUCAGUCCUGUUACCAAUGGAUCAAACUUUAGAAUGCCACAGCCCACCACCAGAUUACAAUUCUGUUGUUCGCUACACCACACCGCCAGUGUGAAUGAUCUGAAUUUUGAGAAUGCACCACAAUUGUGCUUCUGAAUGAGGAAUUAUACAACAGCACAAUAUCCCAAAUGUUGUAAGUUGAACUCUUCUAUGAUGCAAAGAGAUAUAGAGAAAGCCAUAUUAGGAUGGAUGUCAAAUCUACCAUCAGCACAUAUAUUAAAACCCCAUUAUACAUUCUCUACAAAAUGAAAGUGUCGAUUUUUUUUAAUGUCUUGAUGUCUGUGGAAAACACUGUAUAAUCAUUACUACUGUCAGGCUGAAUGGUGGUGAGUACAGCGAGGGAUCUCACAGCUGUAGUGUGUAUUCUGACUCAAAUUGUAUCAGUGAAAUAUAUGUCCAAAGUAUCUUAGCCAAUCAUGGGCUUGUCAUGGAAAAAGUAUAUAAAAUAUAUUUUUGUCAACUGAUUUGCUAACUGACUGUUCUGAAGAAGGUUCAGUGCCUGAACUGUAAACCUAUCUGUUCUCUCCACAAAUGCUGACUGACUUAUUCUUUGUUUACAGUCUUUUCUGUUUUUAUUUUACCAUCUGCAGUAUUUUUACUUAAAUGUUUUGAUUCCUUUGUUGAAAUGAGGAUGUUGUUACAUAUUGCCCAAUGUUCAGCUCUGACGUAAUUUAGUCAGUAGGAGAUCUAGUGUUGCUAUUGUGUGAUACUCAACACAAGAAGUUAAGGUGCCAUAUUUUUGUUUAAACCUCCAAAUUGAUUAAAGAGAUGGUGAAAUUAUAUAACCAUAAUGAAGUCGGACCAAUGUAACAGUACAAACUCCCUGAGAAGUUCAAAUGUCAGGACUUGCAGGUUUUGCCAGGUGAAUUUCAGUUGGAUGCCCCGCCCCCCACCAAGUGAAAUAUAUCUGGUAGAAAAGAGCAAGUAUAUAUCAUGGAUAACUGGGAGCAAACCGUACACAGUGUGGAAGAGAGAGUCUGAUUUCCACAGGGGUGGGGGGUUUGGUGGGGUUGGGUGGUGGAUGGAGAGGUGGAUUGCCAGGGUGGAGGGAAAGAAAUGGCAAGUAGAAAAACAAUGAAUUGGCUUGUCAGUGACCCUGUUAGAACUCAUUCCUGUAACACUGUGGAUAGACAAGCUGAAAACAUCCACCAUUGAACCCACACCCCCACCACCUGCACCCCCACCCCCCGCACAAUAUGGACACAUACAGCAUUGAUAUUGUAGGCUCAAGAAUGACUGACGUGUUCAAAAAUCAAGAAGAUGAGUAUAAAAUUUUAAACAAUAAUUAGAUUGGUCUACCAUCUCAAUCGAGUCAUAGAGAUGUACAGCACAGAAACAGACCCUUCUUUCCAACUUAUCCAUGCCGACCAGAUAUGCC